AUGCAUGUGCUUCUGCUGCACCUCCGAAAUGCAGAAACACACCAGCAGGUAAUGGGGCCGCACCACGAUGGCGUUCCCAGCUGUGACGCCCAGCACCCUCCUUGUCCAAGGGAGCUGUUGCCAAGUUCCCCCAAGCCCCGCGCAGCCGAGCUGGUUGUACGGCGCAUGCAACAGUUCAAGAGAGCGCACCCAAAGCGCCUGAGACAUGCCUCCAACAGGGGCUCUCAGGAGGCCACCCCUGAAGAGGACAUCCCGGAGCAGCCUGGCGAGGAGCCCACAGCAGUGCCUGACUCCAGGCUUCCUGCCGCGGACAGCAAUAGUGCGGUGGCCUGCGCCCCGCAGCAGGAGCUGGGGCAGGAGCAGACAGCCCACCACAGCGGCAGCCAGGAGAACAGGGAGCUAUUCUGCUGCCAGAUCUGCCAGAAGAACCUGUCCACCAUGAGCGUGGUGCACAGGGAGCAGCACGUGAACAGGUGCCUGGACGAGGCUGAGAAGGUUGUGAUACCUUCGGCGCCUCCCGUCCCCGAAUGUCCCAUCUGUGGCAAACCCUGCUUCACUCCCAAGAGCCGACUCAGCCACCUGAAGCAGUGCGCAGUGAAGAUGGAGGUGGGCCCGCAGCUGCUGCUCCAGGCCGUGCGGAGGCAGGCAGCACAGCCUGAGGGCACCCAUGUCCCGGAGACCCUGGCCUGCAGCAGUCACGAGGAAGGUCUGAAGCGGAAGGGAGCUCCCAGCAAGGAGCCACGCAAGAGACGGAAGGUCGGACACGAACCCCCAUCCGAGGACCUGCUGGUGGCUAUGGCGCUGUCGCGCUCCGAGAUGGAGCAGGAAACCGUGCCUGCUUCCUGGGCCAGCAGUGCCAGCCCUGAGCUCUGGCUUCUGUCCACCCUAGAGAAGAGGGGUCGCAAGAAGAAAGGCCCUGUGUCCCCGCCCCGGCUGCUGGUGCAGGACCCGGAGACCACAGGCCGGCAGCUCGAGGACCGCGUGGGCCAGCUCCUGGCGGAGGAGGCGGAGGUGGCCAGCACGCCUCCGCUGCCUACCAGCAGGAUUCUGGGGGAGCGGGGCACUGCCAGCUGGUGUCUGCAGCCGCCCGCAGGGAAGACCAACUUCCUGUGGGAGGGCAGCGCGCUGGCCCAGGGCUGGCCCCCCGAUGACUACUACUCGGCCCGCCUCUACCCGUACCUGAGGCCCCAGCGGCCUGCCCAGGCUUCCACGCCUCCGUGGCCCUCGAGCUCCCACCCUGCAGAGACUCCGUCCCCAUCUGCCAGCCAGAGGGAACAACAGGCCCUGCAGGACCUCGUGGAGCUGGCGAGAGAGGGGCUGGGCAGCAGCCAGGGGCCCUGCAGCGGGCGCCCUGCCAGCUCCGGAGGGGCCACAGGGGAGCACUGGGCUUCAGGCCGCCUUCCGCUCACUGGGUUUGUCCUGCCGUCUGCAGAGCCCCUGGACCAGGAUGGCCGAGCUGUGGACACCCUGGGCCGGCUGCUGGCUGACUUCAGAGCCAUGGUCAACAACCCCCACCUGAGUGAUGUGCAGUUCCAGAUGGACAACGGGGAUGUGCUCUACGCCCACCAGUUUGUGCUCUAUGCUCGCUGCCCAGUUCUCAUGCAAUACGUAAACAGAGAAGGCUUCCUGGCCAUGGAGGAUGGUGAUCUGAGAGUCCAGCGUGUGCUGCUGAGUGACGUCAGCACAGAGGCCACCCUGACAUUCCUGCACUACCUCUAUGCUGCUGAUGCUGGCCCGGUCCCCGAGGUGGCUGCUGACCUGAGCUCCCUGGCGCACAGGUUCGGCGUGCGUGAGCUGCUACCCCUGUGCCCAGGAGUCCCCGCUGUGGCCGACGCCGAGGGCGAGCAGCAGGAGGAGCAGGAGGGCCGCGCCAGGCGGGCCGAGAACUUCCAGGAGCUGCUGAGGUCCAUGUGGGCCGGGGAGGAGGAAGACACCGAGGACGUGGCAGAACCUGAGGCCCGAGAGGAGGACAGAGAAAACGUGGAUGAUGCCGACAUGGACGAGAUUUAUGAAUUUGCAGCUACUCAGCGGAAGCUGCUCCGGGAGGGAGCUGCCAUGGAAGCCAAGGAUGGGGCGCCAGCGAGGGAGCACAGUCGGGACCGGGUCUUGCUUCCAGAGCCCGCGGAGUCCCCCGAGAGAGCAAGGGGCAAGUCUCCCUCCAUUGACCUGACCCAGUCGAAGGCCAGCCCCGGGCCACAGGGUUCUCCGUCCCCUGCGAGCAGAGACGCUGAAGUGAUCCUCCUGCUGGACUCCGACGAAGAGCUGGAGCUAGAGCAAACCAAACUCAAGUCAGAAGGAAGGAGACUUCUAGAAUCCAGCCCCAAGUCCUGCGAGCUGUUCUCCAUCAUUGACGUGGACGCUGACCCGGAAGGCGCCCAGACCUCACCUGCCAGAGAGACGGAGCCCCCACAGGAGGACCCGUGGAGGGACAGAGGCACGCCGCCGCUCUUCCACGACCCCCCUGAGAGCAGCCCUGAGACUGACAGGGAGUCCUCGUGGCUGGUGCCCGCCACCCCGCUGGCCAGCGCCAGCCGUGACCACUCCUCCCAGACCCAGAUCUCGGGCCAUGGGUCCAGGACGUUGACGGAGCCAGUGGCCCAGCCCAGGGCUCCGGUACAAGAGAGGGUCAGGCCCAAGGCCAUGAAGAAAUCGCCGGAGAUGGUGCACCAGGCACGGUCGCCAGCACAUCACUGCCCAGUCACCCCAGGAAGCCCUGAGAGCCAACGGCAGGUCCCCAGAAGUACAGGCCGCCCCCUCCCCCGCUGCUCCCCCGCAUCACCCCACCCAGACUCCUGGCACCGCCCUGACCUGCCCCCACACUUCCAAUCCCCCAAAUGCAGCCCCACAGGGAUGGCCAGUGAAGUGGUGGAAGUUGAGGACAGUGAGGAGGAGGAGGCGGGGGCUGCCCACCAGGCCCGCAGCAGCCCCCUGCUGGACGGGGAUCCUCCCCUGCCCCCUGACUGCUGCUGGAACACGGAGCCCCUCUCGCCCAUCCCCAUCGACGAUCUGAACCUGGAGCGCACGGGACCCCUGAGUGCCAGCAGUCCCGAUGGCAGGGCCAGGGCAGCCCCGGACAGCGUGGCAGGCUGCUCUCCGGCUCAGCUCAGCACCACCCCCAUCCGGGGCAGCUGCUCCGGCCCGAGGGGCUCCCCGGGGAGCAGCAGGCUGAGCUUCCUGAACUCCUCUCUCUGGGAUGACUGGGAUGGCGAAGAGCAGAAAUCUGCGGAGCUUCCAGUUCUGGCUGGGACCCCGACUCGGAACCCCAGCGCCAACAGGGCCCAGAGAUCCAGAGGAUUCCAGACGCCAAAAGGUGCUAAUCAGAAGAACUUGCCCCCGAAAGUCCCCAUAACCCCCAUGCCAAGAUAUUCCAUCAUGGAGACCCCAGUGCUGAAGAAGGAGCUGGACAGGUUUGGGGUCCGCCCUCUGCCCAAGCGCCAGAUGGUUCUGAAGCUGAAGGAGAUCUUCCAGUACACCCACCAGACGCUGGAGUCGGACUCGGACAGCAGCGGCCAGCUGCCACAGUCACCCCUGGAGGCACCGAGCAGCCGGGCCUGCGCCACUGAGUCCGCAGCCACCUCUGUGGGCAGCAGUGACACCUCCUUUAGCUCACACAGUUCCUCCUGGGAGUUUGGCACCACCUUCGAGUCUGCAGGAGAAGAGGAGGAAGGCGAGGACGAAGUCAGCGCGUCGCAGGUGGCUGUGCAGACGGCGGCCAUGGAGACGGCCGUGAGCCACUUCAUCCGCUCCCGGCCAGCCCUCUACCGCAAGGUGCUGCAGUACCAGCCCCUGGAGUUGGCAGAGCUGCAGGCCCAGCUCAAGGAGCACGGUGUCCGGGUGGCCGCAGGAAAGCUGCUGGACUUUCUGGACGCCCACUGCAUCACCUUCACCACGGCUGCGGCCCGCAAGGAGAAGAUCAGGCGGAAGGGGCAGCGGCCUGGGAGCAAGAGCAAGGGGCGCAGAGGCAAGAGGCCCCCUGCCCCAUCCGCACCCCUGGCCUCCGGCAGCCCCUGA